AUGAGUUUCCAACCUAUAAACCCGCGGCCGAUGCUGCAAGGCCUCAUCAAUGACUUCGUGAUCGUCAGGUUGAAAUGGGGUCAGACCGAAUACAAGGGCCGACUUGUUAGUGUGGACUCGUACAUGAACAUCCAGCUCUCCGACACCGAGGAGUUCAUUGACAACAAAAGCACUGGUACAUUGGGACAAGUCAUGAUCAGGUAG